GGCCUGAUUUUAGACACUGUGCCAGCAUCCUGAGUUGAUGCACAGCAUAAACAUCAAAACUAAACCUCUUAAAGUCACAUAGCCAUGAUCUCCAGCUAAGAACAUCCUUAACAUGAUCAAAUCCAUCUGUGCACCACUGGAAUAAUGAUAUCUGCUGCAAUGUGACUUUCCCCUAAUAUGCAUGGGAGAGUGGAGGAGGGGCUUAGUGUUAGGCGGAUGUCCCAUAGCAUUAUGUUUUAGGGAGAACACAAACCGCAUCCUCACGUCAAGUGUAGAUGCCUGGGCUGAACAUAUUCUUAAACGUUGUAUUCUAGUUAAAAAAUGCAGCUGUAGAAUUAGAAAACAGUCGUCAGAGGUAGUUAAGAUUAAAAUAUGUUCUGACACAGCGUGUGCGCUUGGCUUCAUUUUCUGUCAAUCUAUCGUCAACUCGUCCAUUAAAGGGUGCCCCUCUGGACGCGUCAUCUGAAUUUGCCCCUCUGCAUGUCUGCAAGCGGCCACCACAACAUCGGUUUAACAGGCAGCGAGACUGAUGUAGCAUUUGCUGGUAAUGGCUUCUGAGAAGCACCUGCCGGUGAAGAGGAUGAUUUCUCCGCGGCUUUUCGUGCGCUCGGUGUAGAACCCGUCACCACCCCGACAUUCUGGAACGCUGUCGGAUAAAGCUUAAUAACAGAAAUCAGUCGAAUGUAUAUGAGUGAGAGCGGCCUUCCUGUUUUAUUCCGAAGCCUGGGACUUGAUUCGGACCAUUGCAGGGUAGAGGGUGAGUUGCAUCUCGACGAGAGUAAUAUAAACCUCAUCCAUCUCAUCUAUAGGCUACUAGGGCAAUGCCAGGAUGUCUGGCAAUAUGUUGCGUUGGGCAAAGGAGCACAAUGGAUAUUUACUGCUGUGUGGACGGUGCUGACCAGACCAAAGCACAGUGAUCGCCUCUGUGCUGAGGGUAUGGGCGUGUGGAGGCCCCUGCUCCUGAGCUCUCUCAGUCUCACACUAUAGAUGCCCGCUGCCUAGCUCUCUGAGCCGCUGUUGCCCUUCUUAACCACCACCUCUCCUCUCCCCUCUCUUUCCAUCCUCUCUCCUUCUGAUUCUACCCCCUGUCAGGCUUCCCUCUCUUCCCUCUGUCUGCCCUCUCUGUGGCUCUGAUUUUCUCACAGCCAUCCCAGUUUAUUUUGAUCUUUUUACUUGCUACAUUCCUCUCUCUUUCUCUCCUUGUAUUUUUCCCUCUCUCUCUCCGUGUCUCUCUCUCCCUCUCCACUUCCCUCUCUCUCUGUGUCUCUCCCUCUCUCUCUCUCUCUCUCUACUUCCCUCUCGCUCCAUCUAACAAUGCUGUGCUGUGGUCGAGCGCUGGACUCCCCCUGUACUCUGGCGAUGCUGGUGGGGUUCCAGUUUGCAUUCGUCCUCUACUUCUCCCUGGGAGGGUUCCGGGGCCUGGUGUCGGUGCUCGUUCACUCGAUGGAGCCCGAGUUCGACUACUCGCGGCCCCAUGAUGUGUAUACAAACCUCAGCCACCUGGGGGCGCUAGUGCCCCAUCAAACAGGACCAGCAGCACCAACUGGACCAGCAUCACAGCUGAAGGACUGCCAGGUGCCCUCGCCACUACUGGUGGGUCCCGUAUCGGUGCGCCUGUCAUCCCCUCCCACACUGGAAGAGAUCAAGGAGAAGAACCCUCUUGUGACUCCAGGGGGUCACUACACGCCCCCUGACUGUGAGGCGAAGCACCAUACGGCCAUCGUGGUGCCCUACCGAAACCGGCAGGCUCACCUCCGCGCCCUCCUGUACCACCUCCACCCAUUCCUGCAACGCCAGCAAAUUCACUACAGCAUCUACAUCGUACACCAGUCUGGAAACUCCACUUUUAACCGCGCCAAGCUGCUAAACGUUGGGGUGCGCGAGGCACUGCGGGAUGAAGACUGGAGCUGCAUCUUCCUCCAUGAUGUUGACCUGCUCCCUGAAAACGACCACAACACGUAUACCUGCCACCCUCAGUAUCCCACCCACCUCUCUGUGGCCAUGGACAAGUUUAGAUACAGACUGCCAUAUUCCCAGUAUUUCGGAGGCGUUUCUGCCGUGACUCCAAACCAGUACCUCAAGAUGAAUGGCUUUCCCAACCAGUACUGGGGAUGGGGAGGGGAGGAUGAUGACAUCGCAGCCAGAAUACGUCUCUCGGGGAUGAAGAUAGUGCGCCCCCCGGUGGCGAUUGGCCAUUAUAAGAUGAUCAAGCAUAAAGGGGACCAGGGGAAUGAGCAGAACCCACGCAGGUUUGACCUGCUGAAGCGCACAAGGAUAAGCUGGCGCUCCGAUGGGCUAAGCUCGCUGAAGUACCAUCUCCUGUCCAAAGAGUUGGAGCCGCUGUACACCAACCUGUCCGUCGACAUCGGCAACGACCCCCACCCCCCGAAGAAAGGCCAGGGUUCAAGGAAGCAAGCCCUGCCUCCAUUAAUGAAAGCAGAACCCAAGUCAGUGCCUCCCACAAAAGACUGCAAAAAGUUGCAUCCCACAGAGGAAGACAGCCAAUGAAACAUCGGCUCUUGAUGAAGCAGGAAGUGGGGAUGAAGCAGGAAGUGGGCUGAUUUCAGUACUGGUGUUCUGAAGGUGUACUUCAGUUCUACAGCUCUGUCACAGGCUUCGCGCACUAAGGCUUCUGUCAUGGAAGAGUGAUUUGAAUACAGCUGGUGUUUAUUUCUCCUUUUCCUUCUUUACAGCAGAGCUUUGUCUCAGUUUUUCUCACUGAUAAGAUAGCUACGCCACGAAAAUCCUCUCAUCGAGAGCGGACCAUGAUCAGCUUUCAAAACACCUGUGAAUGUUCCUCAAAGACUGAAAUAAUAUUUUGAUGCACUGGAGCAGCAGCUUGUUUGACUAAAACUCUCCUCUGACUGGCGGUGAGAUAUUUCAGUCUCGCCACGGUGGUUGUAGAUAUCUCUCCCGGGGGUGAAGUGGAUAUGUGUGUGAUUGGACACAGUGCCAGUUUGUGUGUGUGUGUGUGUGUGUGUGUUAUGAGUGUG